UAAAUGUCACAUGGUAACAAUGGCUACAUGUGAUGACUAUGGAGGUGGAUAUGACUUUAAGUUUGUUGAUGGUGAUCCUCCAGAUGAGUAUCAAUGCCACAUCUGUACACUGGUAGCACGGGAUCCUCAACAAGUUAGCUGCUGCUACAAUAUAUACUGUAAGAGCUGUCUGGAUACACUAAAAGAGAAGGGCCAAGGGUUUAUCUGCCCAACUUGUCGUAGCUCACUCGAAGGAAAGUAUUUUAAAGAUGGAAGAGCAGAACGAGGAAUAAAGUCACUUAAGGUUUCUUGCACUAACACUGAUAGUGGGUGCCAAUGGAUGGGGACUAUUAAGGAUAUUGAUACCCACCUUAAUAACAGCUGUACCUAUCAACUGGUGCCUUGUACUAAUGGAUGUGGAGAAAAGAUUAGGAGAAGUACACUGAAGACACAUCUGACAGACAACUGUCCUGAGCGAAUAGUUAACUGUCAGUAUUGCAACCGAAAAGGUCGAUAUCGACUGAUAACAAGCAGCUGUCAUUUUGAUGAGUGUCCUGACCUCUUAAUCCAGUGCAGUAAUGAAGGUUGCAAUGAGAAGAUACCACAACAUUCACUAGAAUCACACAAUGAGACCUGCCCUAAAGCUAUCAUACCAUGUGAAUACAAUACUGUUGGAUGCAAUCUAAAAAUGAGGAGAGAAGAAAAAGAGAAGCACAAUGAAGAAUCAAUAAAACACCAUCUUGACAUAGCAAUGAAGAAGAUUGAUGCUCUACAGUUAACAAAUCAAGUUUUUAAACUAAAUGAAUAUACAGAGAAAAAAGAAAAAGAUGAGGAUUGGUACAGCCCAGGCUUCUAUACAUCUCCAGGAGGAUAUAAGAUGUCAUUAAAUGUCUAUCCUAAUGGUAAUGACGAUGAUGAUAGUAAAGGUACACACGUCUCUUGCUACAUACGUCUCAUGGCAGGAAAAUGUGAUGAUACAUUGGAGUGGCCAUUUCAAGGAGAAGUCACUAUAGAACUACUGAAUCAACUGGAGGAUAAGAAUCAUUGGCAGUACACCAUAUCAUUUGAUGAAUCAACAGAUGGUGAUUGCAAACGAAGAGUAACCGAAGAAGGUUCAUCAGGAUGGGGUACAACUCAAUUCGUACCACAUUCUGAAUUACAGUAUGAUGCUGCUAGUAAUUGUCAGUAUCUUAAAAAUGAUAGUCUGUACUUCAGAGUCAGUGUAAAGGUUACAUCAAUAACAAAGCCAUGGAUGACAUCUGCUAUAUAACGUUAGUAGUACAAUGACAUAAUUAAGUUGCUAAAAAUAAUUGCUUUUGUUUUCACUUGGAAUUGUUAUGU